AUGUCCUCUUCCUGCCAAGGCCUCCUAGAUGCACUCAAAGACUGUCUCAAGCACUCAGACUGUGUCAUGAAGCAGGGAAAUCUACCCUCAGAUUGUUUGAAGAACCAUAUGGAGGAGUUACCGGAGGAAUGUCGAUCUCUUAGAAAAGCAACGUUCGAGUGUAAGAGAGGAAUGCUAGAUAUGAGGAAAAGGUUCAGAGGCAAUAUUGUUGGUUCUCGAUUUCAGUAUGAUCCAGACAGACCUCCUUCCCAAUCAAAGUUAGGGUCGGAGUCGUAA